AUGGCCGACAUCGCCAACUUUGCCGCCUUCAUACCAGUGGCGAUCGCGUGGGACGCAGGAAUCCACGCCUUCCUGGACCAGAUGAGUGCGAUGACUGGCCUGGGUUUCCAGUGGUUUAAUGCAGAAAACAUCCUGGCCGAGAUCACGAAUCAGGGAAACUUCGACAACUUUUUUGAGCACACCGUUCCGGCGCUGGGGCACAUUCUGGUCCAAGCGAUAGACAAUCCCAUCACCCAGAUCCCCAUCCGAGCACUGCACCUGCUAAAGGAUGAAGUCGUGAACGGUUCACGCCCGUGGAAGCAGCAGCAAGGACAGCAGGAAGAGGAACAGGGCAACGAGGAUGAUGGCGACGAGGAUGAUGGUGACGAGGAGGAUGGAGACGAGGAUGGAGACGACGAUGAGGAGGAUGAAGAUUAA